AAAAUACUGCAAAACCCCAAUCAGUCCCCAUCAGAAUGCGGCCCUUGCAAGUUCCGACCUGGGUGCACAUUUCGUACGAGGAGAAAAAGCUAAUCGCGUACCUGGCCGGUGCCGGUACGACGGUUUGCAGCCUGUACCUGCUCACUAUGGCCGGCCGUUCGUUAAGCUUUUCCGAUCAAAGCAGUCCCUGCUUUUCCGAGAACAGUGCGUACAACCUGGAAAUUACUCUCGUUGUGAUACUGUCGAUCAUUUAUCUCGUCAUCGGUGGAGCCUUUUUCUGGGGCAUUUGGCGCGAAAAGGCAAAAUAUUUGCUACCGUUUCUGUGCUUUCUGGUAGCAGCGACGGGCUUUCUUGGCCAUGCACACAUCGAUUGGAUGCUGUUCGAGGCGGGCACGGGCGAGAGACAGUUUGGCAUCUUUGCCUUCAUCUUUGCCACGCUGGUUCUCACAUUUGCUAGCACAAUCAUUCUGCUGCUGUACCGUGAAAUGAACUCCGGCAAACAUACGAAAAAGGGUAGCUUUGAAGUGUUUUAUAAUGAUGAAAAAUAUUAAUUUCAAACGU